CGCCGCCUCGUCUCGGCGUCUGCGGAGAGGAACGGUGGAAGCCGCGGGCUCGGGCGGGAGCCGGCGGAGGCUCGGCGGCGGCGCCUCCCGCUCCUGGAGCGGGGGGGAGAAGCGGCGGCGGGGAGGGGGCCGGAGUCGCCUGUCACCAUUUCCAGGGCUGGGGACACCGGAGAGUUGGUCUCUCCCCUUCUCCUGCCUCCAACACGGCGGCGGCGGCGGCGGCACCUCCAGGGACCCGGGCCGGCUCUGAGCCUCCCCUCCGCCGCCGCCGCGCCCGCCCCGGCCCGGGCUCCGGAGGCCGCUGCAGGAGGCAGCCGUUCCGAGGACCGCUCGUGGUGUCCGCAUCCCGCUGCCGCCGCUGCCAGGCCGCCGGCCGCUGAGGAGAACCAGGCCCCGUCGCUGCAACCAUCGAGCAGCCGCCGCAGCAGCCAUUACCCGGCCGCGGUCCAGAGCCCGGCGGCGGCAGAGCGAGGGGCAUCGGCCACCAAGUGCAGAGCCGUCUCCAUCCUGCAGAAGAAGCCCCGCCACCAGCAGCUUCUGCCAUCUCUCUCCUCCUUUUUCUUCAGCCACAGGCUCCCAGACAUGACAGCCAUCAUCAAAGAGAUCGUUAGCAGAAACAAAAGGAGAUAUCAGGAGGAUGGAUUCGACUUAGACUUGACCUAUAUUUAUCCAAACAUUAUUGCUAUGGGAUUUCCUGCAGAAAGACUUGAAGGCGUGUACAGGAACAAUAUUGAUGAUGUAGUAAGGUUUUUGGAUUCAAAGCAUAAAAACCAUUACAAGAUAUACAAUCUAUGUGCUGAAAGACAUUAUGACACCGCCAAAUUUAACUGCAGAGUUGCACAGUAUCCUUUUGAAGACCAUAACCCACCACAGCUAGAACUUAUCAAACCUUUUUGUGAAGAUCUUGACCAAUGGCUAAGUGAAGAUGACAAUCAUGUUGCAGCAAUUCACUGUAAAGCUGGAAAGGGACGGACUGGUGUAAUGAUUUGUGCAUAUUUAUUACAUCGGGGCAAAUUUUUAAAGGCACAAGAGGCCCUAGAUUUCUAUGGAGAAGUAAGGACCAGAGACAAAAAGGGAGUAACUAUUCCCAGUCAGAGGCGCUAUGUGUAUUAUUAUAGCUACCUGUUAAAGAAUCACCUGGAUUAUAGACCAGUGGCACUGUUGUUUCACAAGAUGAUGUUUGAAACUAUUCCAAUGUUCAGUGGCGGAACUUGCAAUCCUCAAUUUGUGGUCUGCCAGCUAAAGGUGAAGAUAUAUUCCUCCAAUUCAGGACCCACAAGACGGGAAGACAAGUUCAUGUACUUUGAGUUUCCUCAACCCUUGCCUGUGUGUGGUGACAUCAAAGUAGAGUUCUUCCACAAACAGAACAAGAUGCUAAAAAAGGACAAAAUGUUUCACUUUUGGGUAAAUACAUUCUUCAUACCAGGACCAGAGGAAACUUCAGAAAAAGUAGAAAAUGGAAGUCUAUGUGAUCAAGAAAUUGAUAGUAUUUGCAGUAUAGACCGUACAAAUAAUGAUAAAGAAUAUCUAGUACUUACUUUAACAAAAAAUGAUCUCGACAAAGCAAAUAAAGAUAAGGCAAACCGAUAUUUUUCUCCAAAUUUUAAGGUGAAGCUGUACUUCACAAAAACAGUAGAGGAGCCAUCAAAUCCAGAGGCUAGCAGUUCAACUUCCGUAACGCCAGAUGUUAGUGACAAUGAACCUGAUCAUUAUAGAUAUUCUGACACCACUGACUCUGACCCAGAGAACGAGCCUUUUGAUGAAGAUCAGCACACACAAAUUACAAAAGUCUGAUUUUUUUUUAUCAAGAGGAAUUAAAAACCAUGAAAACAAACUUGAAUAAACUGAAAAUGGACCUUUUUUUUUUUUUUAAUGGCAAUAGGACAUUGUGUCAGAUUACCAGUUAUAGGAACAAUUCUCUUUUCCUGACCAAUCUUGUUUUACCCUAUACAUCCACAGGGUUUUGACACUUGUUGUCCAGUUGAAAAAAGGUUGUGUAGCUGUGUUAUGUAUAUACCUUUUUGUGUCAAAAGGACAUUUAAAAUUUAAUUAGGAUAAAUAAAAAUGGCACUUUCCCAUUUUAUUCCAGUUUUCUAAAAAGUGGAGACAGACUGAUGUGUAUACUUGGGAAUUUUUCCAAUUUGUGUUCUGUCACCAAUUGAAGUGGCUAAAGAGCUUUGCGAAUUACAGGUUCACAUCCUACCCCUUUGCACUUGUGGCAACAGAUAAGUUCGCAGUUGGCUAAGAGAAGUUUCUAAAGGGUUUUUGCUGCAUCCUAAUGCAUGUAUUUGGGUUAAGGGAAUGGAGGGAGUGCUCAGAAAGGAGUAUAUUUUAUGCUGGAUUCUGGACCAUAUACCAUCUCCAGCUAUUUACAUGCACCUUUCUUUAGCAUGCUACAGUUACUAAUCUGGACAUUUGAGGAAUUGGCCGCUGUCACUGCUUGUUGUUUGUGCAUUUUUUAAAAAAGCAUAUUGGUGCUAGAAAAGGCAGCUAGAGGGAGUGAAUCUGUGUUGGGGUACAGGAAUGAACCUUCUGCAACAUCUUAAGAAUCCACAAAUGAAGGGAAAUAAAAAUGAUGAGGUCAUAGAUAAGAAACACAGCAACAAUGACUUAACCAUAUAAAUGUGGAGGCUAUCAACAAAGAAUGGGCUUGAAACAUUAUAAAAAUUGACAAUGAUUUCUUAAAUAUGUUUUCUCAAUUGUAAUGACUGCUCCAUCUCCUGUGUAAUCAAGACCAGUGCUAAAAGUCAGAUGCUAUUAGUACCUACAUCAGUCAACAGUUUAUUAGGUUUCAAUCAUAUACCUGCUGUGGAUGCUUCAUGUGCUGCGUGCAAGCUUCUUUUUACUCACUAAAUAUAAAAUACUUUGUAAUGCUGCACAGGAAAUUUCGAGAUUCUACAGUAAGCGGUUUUUUUUUUUUCUUUAAAGAUUUAUGAUGCACUUAUUCAAUCCAGUAGCUGUCAGCCGUUCUACCCUUUUGACCUUACACAUUCUAUUACAAUGAGUUUUGCAGUUUUGCACAUUUUUUAAAUGUCAUUAACUGUUAGGGAAUUUUACUUGAAUACUGAAUACAUAUAAUGUGUAUAUUAAAAAAAUUUGUGUUAAAAAAGAAAUUAGAGUUGCAGUAAAUUUUCAACACUGCACAAAUAAGGCAUUUAAUUUUUCAGUAGAAAUUGUCCUACAUAUGCUUUACCAAUUUGUUAUUGAAAGAACAGAUUUUUUUUUUAAUGUGCAGUGUUGAUUCAGUUCUUCAUAGUGCUAGAGUUGGAAACUAAGGCUUCAAUUCAUGUCUUAAAUAUCAUCAUAUAUUUGAUAUGCCCAGACUGCAUACGAUUUUAAGCAGAGUAUAACUACUAUUGUAAAGCUAAUGUGAAGAUACUAUUAAAAAGAUUUUUCCCCCAGAAAUGCGAUGUCUUUAAAAUUAUACCUUGACCUUGACAUUUGAACACCCAGCCAUUAUAUUUCCUAUUGGUGUAAAAUCCCAUUUUCAAUAACCUAUUGGUGCUGAAAUUGUUCACUAGCUGUGGUCUGACCUAGUUAAUUCACAAACACGGAUUGCAUAGGACUUAUUAGAGCAGCAUUUAUAGAGUUUAAUGGUAAAUAGAUUAGGCAGAACUUCAUCUAAAAUAUUCUUAGUAAAUAAUGUUGACAUAUUUUCCAUACCUCAUCAGUUUCAUUCAACAAAUAAAGUUUUUAAAUUUUUAACAAAGCUAUUAGGAUUUACACAUUUGUAUUUAAACAUUGAUAAUAUAGAGUAUUCAUUGACUGCUCAUUAAGUUAAAUUGGUAAAGUAAGAGACUAUUCCACAGAUCUCCCCACUGAAAUUAACAUGCCAUUUUGUCUUUCAUGAAAGCUGAAAAUUGACUAAAAUGAUAAUCAACUAUUUACUUUUUGGAGAUAGUUAUCAAUACUGUUUUUUGUUACAGUUUUGGGCACAGCAUAUUAAAGCAUAAUUUGCAUUGUUUCGAUAUGUAACAUGAAGGGCCAGGUUAUAAAUAAUUAUAUUAUAAUGGGCUUUUGCACUGUUAUUAUUUUUCCUUUGGAAUGUGAAGGUCUGAAUGAGGGUUUUGAUUUUGAAUGUUUCAGUGUUUUUGAGAAGCCUUGCUUACAUUUUAUGGUGUAGUCAUUGGAAAUGGAAAAAUGGCAUUAUAUAUAUUAUAUAUAUAUAUAAAUAUAUAUUAUACAUACUCUCCUUUAUUUCAGUUACCAUCCCCAUAGAAUUUGACAAGAAUUGCUAUGACUGAAAAGUUUUCAAGUCCUAAUUAAAACUUUUAUUUAUGACAGUAUUCAUAAUUAGCCUGAAAUGCAUUCUAUAGUAAUUUCUCCCAAGUUUUUGGAAUGUUUUUUUAGACUUUUUGUAUGUGCAGCAGCUUACAUGUCUGAAGUUACUUGAAGGCACCACUUCUAAGAAAGCUUACAAUUGGGCCCUGUACCAUCCCAAAUCCUCUGUAACUCCUCUUGGAUAUUUUUGCCAUAAUUAUAAAAGGGUAGUUGAAUAGCAUCACCAUUCUUUGCUGUGGCACAGGUUAUAAACUUAAGUGGAGUUUACCGGCAGCAUCAAAUGUUUCAGCUUUAAAAAAUAAAAGUAGGGUACAAGUUACAUGUUUAGUUCUAGAAAAUUUGUGCAAUAUGUUCAUAACGAUGGCUGUGGUUGCCACAAAGUGCCUCGUUUACCUUUAAAUACUGUUAAUGUGUCAUGCAUGCAGAUGGAAGGGGUGGAACUGUGCACUCAAGUGGGGGCUUUAACUGUAGUAUUUGGCAGAGUUGCCUUCUAUCUGCCAGUUCAAAAGUUCAAUCUUUUCAUAUAGACUAUAUAUACUAAACAUUUCAGUCUGUUAAACAGCCUUACUCUGAUUCAGCCUCUUCAGAUAUUCUUGUGCAGCAGUGGCUCUGUGUGUAAAUGCUAUGCACUGAGGAUACACACACAUACACACACACACAAAACGAUGUGUACAGGAUAAUGCCUCAUACCAAUCAGAUGUCCAUUUGUUACUGUGUUUGUUAACAACCCUUUAUCUCUUAGUGUUAUAAACUCCACUUAAAACUGAUUAAAGUCUCAUUCUUGUCAUUGUGUGGGUGUUUUAUUAAAUGAGAGUAUUUAUAAUUUAAAUUUGCAUAAAUCCAUUGAAAUUUUUAGUAAUGGGUAGCCAAAUAGGAUUAUGUUUUCUCAAAGGUUCCUGCCCACCCUCCUGUUGUCUGUUAGAGUCAGUGGGCUUUUUAUAAAAGCAUGGCUUUUUCUUAGGAGUAGUAUAUCUGUCAUGUUUAAGAGAAACACUUUUCAAGGCUUAGUCACCACUUAAUUAAUUGUCCAGGCACAUGAAAUAAUAAUUUUAAUCCUGACAAGUUUCCAGAUUCUUGUAGAACUGUUUAUAUUAUAUUAUUGAGCCAAAUGUCUGAAGACAACUUCCCCAAAUGGAUUUGAUACUUCAGAUUUCAAUUUUAUGGCUUUUCCUUUAUAAUUAUUUACUCUGCCAUCAACAUGGGAAACUUCAUCUCUUCCUUGUGACUUAUGCUACAUAAAAAGUGAAAUUUCAGAAUAGUUUAAAAGACCUUGUGUACUUUAAUUUUAUUUCAGAUAUACUAGGAAACUUAGACUGAGGCAUAUCCUUUCAACAACAUAGUAAGGUAAUAAGUGAAAGUAUAGCUUCUACAAAUGUUUUGAUAGUAAAGCAGACCAUUAAUGUAACAGUGGAUUUAAUGUUUCAAGUUUACAUGUUCUCCAUGUGACUUAAAUGUGAAUAAUGUAUAAGAUGAAGUGUGAAGUGUGUGUAUAUUCACAAUAAGUGUAUAUGAAAACUAUCCUGGAGUCUGAUAGUGUUUUGAUUUAUAAGAACAUAUUUUGGUGAUGUUUGCAAAAUAAGACUUUAUUGGCAUUUUGAUUGUAUCAUGCCUACACGAUGUUGUAACUUAAGCUGGCGUGAUUCAGUGAAUGCCAUCACCAUUUCCAUUGAGAAUUUAAAAAUCACCAGUGUUUAACAUGCAGGCUUCUAAAGGCUUACAAAAAAUCAAGGCCCUUAAAUUUAAUUUACUGCCAACUUGAAACUCUGGGUUCUUUUAUUUUUGCCAGAUAAUUGGCAUUGUACCUAAAGCUGAGUCUUAAAUGGCUUACUGUAACUGAAUUAGCAGUGCUAUUGCUAGUGCAGAAAAUUUUGUGAAUGGAAACAAUAAUACUCAGUUAAAACUUGCAGGGACAGGAUGUAAAAAAUAGCAAACAGGAUAAUGGAGAAAAUUUUUAAAGAUGAGAUAUUAGAGACUAAUUUUCCUAUAAAAUUAUAUAGCUAUAUAGGAAUCCUAGUGGCAAAGUUGCUUAUCAGUUUGUAGUUUUUAGAGAAAAUCAUGACCAUGAUUUUUAUGACCAUGAUCUUAUUUCUCCAUCUUUCAAGAAAUCUUCCUUAUAAGUAUAUCAGAAUAUGGGUAGCCACGCUGACAAAUUAAUGUUGGUUGGCAGCUUUAAACAUUUAUAAUGUGAAGACAGAACAGUUUCACUGGUGAUAGUACUCUUUGGUUUUUAAGUUGUCCAUUUUUAGAAUAAUUUCCUAACAUCAAUAAAAUAAUCACUUAUAAUCUCAACACUUGGAGAGAUAGCCAUUAUUAAUACUUUAGUGACUAUACAAUCUUGUUUUUUGUGUAUAUUCAUGUAUAUAUUUAAGAAAAUGAAAUUUAUACUGUGCAUAUUCCUAGCCUUGCUUCAUAUUUUCAUCAUGGAAAAUGUUCCAUUGCUUCACAGAAUGGAAAGUGAUUUGAACACUUUCUAAUGUUACAAGUGCAGAUCAUAUAGUUACUGAGAGUCCAAUUCAGUGGGUUAAUCAUGAAUACUGUUGGCAUUAUGAUGGUAUAUGUCUAAGUAAAUCAGUUACAUUUAUUUAGCAUAGAGAAGCUUAAAAUUGUGGGUAUUCAAGAACCAUUUUUAAGUAGAAUAUAUAAAACACUAUAUUAAUAGUUCAUCACUUCUGUUUCCCUUUUAGAUUGGAAAAGAAAGAUGGACUUUUCAGUUUGUAUAGUGGUAAGAAGUUGCUCAAUUUAGAGCCAAUUAUUUUAACACCCAUUCCCCCUUCCCCCAAAAAGCAAAACUACUGUGGAUUCAUCACUUGUCUUUAAAUCUGCAUGCCCAUGUGAUUUGCAUCACAUCAGAAAUACUAUUUCAUGGAUGGUUUGCCCUUAGCUCUGAAACCAGGUUUAUUAUUAUGGUGAGUUUAGAAUGUACAACUCUUUUUGAUAGCUUUUUGAGAAUUUUGGUGAAGACAUUUAGCUGAGGGUAGUAUAUAUAACUUAUAAACCAAUGUAUUGAUAUUUUUAAAACAUUUUUACAUAUGAGUGACGUUAACUGCCAUCUUUGAGCAUUACCACAUUUUAAAAUAAAGCAACAUAUUUUUAAAUGAAGUGUUUAACAAGGAUUUAUAUUUUUCAUUUUUAAAAAUUAAAAAUAAUUUAUAUCUUCUCUGUUGCAUGUGGAUUCUCAUCUGUCCUUACAAUAGUUAGAGAUUUUGUUUGUGUAGAAGGAGCAAAGCUUGUAGUCAUGGCUUUAGUGUUGCAGUUUGCCAAAUCUGUUUACUGCAGUGAAAUUCUUAAUGUUUAGGUGUGGUGUUCAGUAGCACAUCACUUGUUGGCUAUUAUUUAUGUGCGCCUCUAGGAUUUUUUGCCUAUUCUAUUACAGUUGUCAAUGAUACCCCACCUUUACAAAUGCCCUUUCAGUAUCUAACUUGUUUCCAUUAAAUUGCCCUUAUGCCCUAGUGAACAGUUUGUGCGUGUGCAUGUGUGCAUUUGUGUGUAUGUUUGUGGAGUGUGUCUGAGUGAAUUAGAUUUUCAAGAGUGCUACAUUAACUUUAGAGAUUAAAUAAUUCGAUUCAGGCAAACAUUUCUCACUGGAAUUUUGCAGUUCAUUGUAAUGAAAAUGUUAACCCGGGACAACCUUUGGCAUACAUUAGUGAACUUGGAUAUUAAUGAAUUUGUUAGUAGCAUCUUGAUAUGUACAUUAAUGAGCUAUUUUCAAAGUUGUACAUUAAACCAAAGUUGGCGUUUUGGAAAUGUUUAUAUCAAGUUCCAUUUGGCUACUGAUGGACAUAAGAAUAGAAAUGCCUUCCUAUGGAGAGUAUUUUUCCUUUAAAGAAUUAAAAAGGUUAAUUAUUUUGA